AUGCCUUACUAUACAAGCACCGGUUUCAACGUUGGGAGUGGUCAAUACCAACAACAGCAACAACAAUACAACAACCAAAGCGAUCAUGUAAUGAACCUCGGGAACAACAACUGGAUGAACUCACCUCCUCCGCCACCUCCUGGGAACUGGCAACCAUCCCAACCACCAACAAUGCCGGUCUCAGGCGGUUUAAACAGCAGCGACAUGAGCUCAAACUACUCAGGCCCACACGGUCCAGCUCUACCACCACCACACCCAUCAGUGGCUCUAGGUUUCAACCAGAGCACAUUCACCUACGACGAGCUAGCAGCAGCAACACAAGGCUUCUCUCAAGCGAGAUUGUUAGGGCAAGGCGGGUUCGGGUAUGUUCACAAGGGGAUACUUCCGAAUGGGAAAGAGAUCGCUGUGAAGAGUCUUAAAGCAGGAAGUGGACAGGGAGAGCGAGAGUUUCAGGCUGAAGUGGAUAUCAUUAGUAGAGUUCAUCAUCGGUUUCUUGUGUCUCUUGUUGGUUAUUGUAUUGCAGGAGGGCAGAGGAUGUUGGUUUAUGAGUUUUUGCCUAAUGACACACUUGAGUUUCAUUUACAUGGUAAAAGUGGUGUUAUUCUUGAUUGGACUACAAGGCUUAGAAUUGCUCUGGGAUCAGCUAAAGGGCUUGCUUACUUACAUGAAGAUUGUCAUCCGAAAAUCAUUCAUAGAGAUAUUAAAGCUUCAAAUAUUCUUCUUGAUGAAUCCUUUGAAGCUAAGGUUGCAGACUUUGGGUUAGCUAAGCUAUCUCAAGACAACGUUACACAUGUGUCCACUCGUAUUAUGGGAACUUUUGGGUACUUGGCUCCAGAGUAUGCGUCAAGCGGGAAAUUAACAGACAGAUCAGAUGUAUUCUCCUUUGGAGUGAUGCUUCUUGAGCUCAUAACCGGACGCAGACCUGUUGACCUCACUGGUGAAAUGGAAGACAGCUUGGCUGACUGGGCAAGACCAUUAUGCAUAAACGCAGCUCAAGACGGAGACUACAGUGAGCUAGCAGAUCCACGCCUCGAGAACCAAUACGAGCCUAAUGAAAUGGCACGAAUGGUGUCUUGUGCCGCUGCAGCCGUCAGACACUCUGCUAGACGUAGGCCUAAGAUGAGCCAGAUUGUUCGAGCUCUUGAGGGAGAUGCAUCACUAGAUGACCUAAACGAAGGAGGGAAACCUGGAGAGACGAGCACUUACAGUGCUGAUAUGAAGAAUUUUAGGAGAGUGGCGUUGGACAGCCAGGAGUACGGUGCAAGCAGUGAGUACGGUAACACGAACGAGUACGAGCAGCGACGAAUUUAG